GCCCUUUCUGGGAACACAGAACGCCUGAGUCAGGCGGCGGUGGCUAUUAAAGCGCCUGGUCUGUCUGUCGGGCUGAGCUGCGGCACUGCAAGGAUGAGGCUUCCUGGCUGGCUGUGGCUGAGCUCCGCGGUCCUCGCUGCCUGCCGGGCGGCGGACGAGCACAACCUGACUGAAGGGCUGGCGGAUGCGGGCGCCCAGGCUGCCUGCCCCGCGAGGCUGGAGGGCGGCGGGAGGUGCGAGGGGAACCUGUGCCCCUUCCAGCUCACCCUGCCCACGCUGACCCUCCAGCUCCCGCCGCAGCUCGGCAGCAUGGAGGAGGUGCUCAAAGAAGUGCGGACCCUCAAGGAAGCCGUGGACAGUCUGAAGAAAUCUUGCCAGGACUGCAAGUUGCAGGCUGACGACCAUCGAGACCCCGGCGGGAAUGGAGCAGAGACGGCCGAGGACAAUCGAGUCCAGGAACUGGAGAGUCAGGUGAACAAGCUGUCCUCGGAGCUGAAGAAUGCCAAGGACGAGAUCCAGGGGCUGCAGGGGCGCCUGGAGACGCUCCAUCGGGUGAAUAUGAACAACAUCGAGAGCUACGUGGACAACAAAGUGGCCAAUCUAACCUUUGUGGUCAACAGUUUGGAUGGCAAGUGUUCCAAGUGCCCCAGCCAAGAACACAUCCAGUCACAGCCGGUUCAGCACCUAAUAUACAAAGAUUGUUCUGACUACUACGUGAUAGGAAGGAGAGGCAGUGGGACCUACAGAGUUAUGCCUGAUCACAGAAACAGCAGCUUUGAGGUCUACUGCGACAUGGAGACCAUGGGUGGUGGCUGGACGGUGCUGCAAGCUCGCCGUGACGGGAGCACCAACUUCACCAGAGACUGGAAAGCCUACAAAGCCGGCUUUGGAAACCUUGAGCGAGAAUUUUGGCUGGGCAACGAUAAAAUUCAUCUUCUGACCAAGAGUAAGGAAAUGAUUUUGAGAAUUGAUCUCGAAGACUUUAAUGGUCUCACACUUUAUGCCUUGUACGAUCAGUUUUAUGUGGCUAAUGAAUUUCUCAAAUACCGAUUACACAUUGGUGACUAUAAUGGCACGGCAGGGGAUGCCUUACAUUUCAGUCGACAUUACAACCACGACCUCAAGUUUUUCACCACCCCAGACAGAGACAACGAUCGGUACCCCUCUGGGAACUGCGGGCUCUAUUACAGCUCAGGCUGGUGGUUUGAUGCAUGUCUCUCUGCAAACUUAAACGGCAAAUAUUAUCACCAGAAAUACAAAGGUGUCCGUAAUGGGAUUUUCUGGGGCACCUGGCCUGGUAUAAACCAGGCUCAGCCAGGUGGCUAUAAGUCCUCCUUCAAACAAGUCAAGAUGAUGAUUAGACCCAAGAAUUUCAAGCCAUAAAUUCCCAGUGUUCAUCGCUCCGGCACUCACGAUCCAGGAGGGCGGUGGCUCCUUCAGCCUUUACCAUGUGCCUCAGUUUAUGCUCCUUUCCUAAGGCUAAACCCUUCCUUUAAAGCCUUACAGUGUUGAAAAAGACUCUUGUUGCUGUUAUAUGAAGAAUGUUUGAAACCACUGGAAAUAUUGACAAUUAUACAUUAUAAUUGCAAAACCUUUUAUCUUUAUUAGUUGAAAAGUUUCCUACUGUUUUUUUUUAUCAUUUUUUAUAAUAGAAAAAACUAAAUUAUUUAGCAAGCUAAAUUCCAUAUACACAAGUUUUAUUUUCACUAGGGCUAAAUACAGACAUUUGAAAAUAAAAUAAAGUCUUUUCAGGGUACAGUUAUCUGUAGCCAAGAACUGUAGUAUUAUCUUUGGCCCAAGAAAAACUUCAAGCAUUUCAGUUUUCAAAAAGAAUGGCAGGGAGGGGGUGGAGGGGGCAUGGAUAAUGUGUACAGCUAAAUUUAUUCAUCUAAUGCAAAAUAUGGCAUUAAAAAUAUCUUAAAAUGUGGUAGCAUAAUAUAUGUCUCUUCCCUCUACAAUUGGGAAAUAAUAUUACCCUGAGGACCUUGGAUUAAUGGUUAUGCAUUUACGGCUUCUAGCCUGAUAGACCCGGACACCAAAGCUGCCUUGUCGUCUCCAUCUGCGCUCUGCACAAUAGUUUCUAAUGUAAGGUGCUAGACUACUGUAAGGCUUCCUUGGGGAAAGGAAUGGUAAGGGAAAACACCAUUUAUUUAUAUUUAGAAAGCCAAUCCUAUACCCAAAGCAAUACUGUUGUUGAGGAAUCGACUUCCUAGGAAGCUGACUUUUCUAGGACAAAUUUAUUUAUUAUGAUGAAUUUUGGAGUAGUAGUUCAAAUAUUAUACAUUUUAAUCCCAAGUAGUCAAUUGCUUAUUUCAUUCUCAGAAAGUCAAAGAAUUUAAAUAAGUAAAGUCCCUGGAAUUCUUUAGUUGCGAAUGUCAAGGGUCACAUUAAAAGGAUUUGGAGGCAGUGUCACUUUAUCCUUGUGGAAAGGGAUCACUUCAGAGAGAAACAACCUGCUGCACAUUUAAAAGUGCUCCUGAGGAGAAUUUUGAAGUACUGCAUGCAGUCAGUCCUAUGGAGUGGCCGACUGUACCAUCUGCACAGCAUAGGCAAUAACCUUGAUCUUUAAGUUUUGGUGUAGUUUCUAAUAUACUAACCAAGCUUUCGAAAUAUGCACAAAGAUUCUAUCUUAGUUAUUUUUUUUUAAAACAUCAUUAGGGAGAAAGUUAUCGACUUGGCUACUUAAAUUUUCAAAUAUGUAGCCACUGUAAAAAAUACCUUUAAGAAGAGCAAGAUACUAUUUUAAAAUCAUGCAACAUGAAGUUUUCAGGUGAAUACGAUGACAACUAAACUAUUAAUGACCUAAUUAAAUUGCCAGAGUAAGGUAAAUGCUGAAUUAAAUGACCAAAAUGCAAAAUAAAGAUUUCAAGGAAGGUUUAGCCACUUGGUAAAAUACUGAAUAUAAGCGACAAUAACUGAUUUUAUUUUUUUCUUUUUAAAAAAACUAAAAAAGAUUUUGAUACUACACAAUUCAUGUCUUUCAAAUCCUGUUUAUUAUAUGUAGCCAUGUAAGUCUAAUAACAUUUUUGUCAUGAAAAUGGAUUUAUUAUAGCAAAACCGUACGCAUUCGUCCAUAGUGUGUUUUUCUCAGAAUAACAAUGAAUCCAUGUAAAUACUCUAUCUUUGCACUUUCAAUGGAUCCAAAUGUUGUUUUCUAUUAUAGUCUUAUGAUGUUUUUCUAAUGAAUUCUUUAACGCAGAAAUUUAUUUUUUGAAUCAUUUUCUGUCACUCAUUUAAAAAUAUAUUGUAGACUUUGAUAAUCUUAACCUGUUUAUUGAAAUAGUCCUUAGCCUUAACAAUUCACUAAUAUAUGCCAAUGCUCAUAGAUGUACACUAUUUGCAGAUAUGAAUUUUUAGAGUCUUGGUUUCAUUUGGGUGACUAGUGCUGAUCUUAACUAUCACUUUAUUGCUGAUCAUUAUUAUCCUUUAAAAAUGCUGAGUGGAACUAAUUUCUUAGGAAUCCACUUGGGUUACCUGUCACUAAAUGACAAAGUCAUCUUUCUGAGAAGUGACAACACAGCAGGUGUAUUCAAGUAUCUGAUGGGUGGAGCUUGUGUGCAAAACACAAGACGUCCUGGAAUCUUCUGGACUGGCUGGUCCUGGAUUUUCAAUAGCUGCCCUCGCCCUCAAAAAGUUGUCAAGAUACAAUGGAUAUAUGUAAUUUCCAUAAAGUCUUGCUUAAGAUUUCUUUUCAUUAAUGUAUAAUUAAGGUUAUGUUUCAUGUCUCUUAAAGCCUUGUAAAAUAAAAGAUUUAAUCUUCAUAUCUA